AUUGAUAUGAUUUUAAUGAAUUACCAAUUACCGGUCAAGGAAAAAACAGAUGUCUCUGUUUUUUCUCUCUCUCGCCGUCUUGUGUUCUCUCUCUCUACUUCUCUGCUGCGUUCUUUCAAUUCUGCUCGUCGAUCUUCGCCGAUCUUCACCUUGUCUUCAUACAAAUCUCAGGUAGUAAAGGGGGAAGGAAAUAUAUCAAGCUAUGCCCACGCACAUCCUAGUACUAAUGGAAGCAAAUGGUCUAGGGAAGAGAGAUUUAGGAGUAGCAAAGCAAUGGUAUCAAUCAGGGUCGCGGUGACAUUGGAGUGCAUGUGAAGAUUCUCGGAUGAAUCCAAAUGAUUUGCGUUUGAAACAGAUAAACAAAAGAAAGAUGAAGCGAAUUCCAAGGGUUUUUGAAGAGAGAAGGAAGAUGGACCAAAGUCAAAAGUUGUCAAAAACUAUUUAGCCUGCAAGGCAUAACAUGUAGCAGUAAAGGUCUGAUUAAAAGGACAUACUUUUUUGUGGCAAAUGCUAGCUACAGAAAGACCUAGAUCCCCAAAUAGAAAUUUGAAAUCUUCUAUGGGACUCUCACCACAAAGAAAUUUCAAUGAGCUGCACCAAGAACCAUCGCUAAGGGCAACUGAUAAUUCAAGAGCUAGAUGGUUUUUAAGCAAUGAUGGUGCUUCUAGGCCAACAGGACCUUUAACUGUCAAAGGUCCUGAUACUUCAGAGCUAGAUAUGCAGCUUACGCCAAUGGGUGGCAUUGGGCUGAAAAGUUUUCAUCGGUAUAUUUUUUCCCCCUGCUGCCCUGUUUUAGCUUAAUUUAAGAGGGUUUGGUUUGUAUUUGUGAGGUUAUCUUGAUUAACAGUUGUGUAUAAUUCCUGUUGGUCAUUUAAUGUUAUGUAUUCAUCAUGCUCUUUUGAAUGGAAUUUUAAAAGGUGGAAGAAUCU